UUUAAAAAUUCAUUUUUAGAUGUUAAACAUAUUUAUUAUAAAAACAAUAAAAAUAAAAUGAAGAGUUCAAAAUUAGACUGCCAAGAAAGUUUUGAUGAUGACAUUAGUAAACAAAGUGGCUCCGGAGGAUCAUCAUCAGCUUCACUUGCAACCGAUGCUACUCAAUCCAAUAUUCAGCUUCCUUCAGGAGAUACACUAGAAAGAAAAUUUGAUAUGCUUAUUAGAAAUUGGCAUCAAAAUCCUGAUAUACUUUUUAGUAUUCAUCCAAUUGAUGGAAGUCUACUUGUUUGGUAUGUUAUAGUAAAAUUAUUAAAAUUUUAUUAAUUGUGUAUGCAGACAAUUAAUUGAAUGCUGUCUAAAAGUGAAGAAAUCUUUUAUAU